AUGAGGAAAAGAAGAUUAAGAGUCGACAGAGGAGGAUGCAGCGUAGGAUUAAAAGAGUCCUCCAUGUCCUCGUCCUCGCCUUGGCCUAUUUCUCCACUGGGUGGAGGUAAUGGAAAUGGACAUGGAAAAACUAUGCAUACAACAAUCGGACGUGGGGGCGGUGGAACAAUAGGAGCUGGGGGUGGAACAAUCGGAGGUGGUGGCGGUGCAACAAUAGGAGCUGGGGUUGGAACAGUCGGAGGUGGUGGCGAUGGAACAGUCGGAGGUGGUGGCUGUGGAGCAAUCGGAGGUGGGGGUGGAACAAUCGUAGGUGGUGAUGGGCAUUCAGGGACCUCAGGCGGUGGAGCAGAUGGCGGUGGUGGACACUCAAUGACCGGAGGAGGCGGUGGCAAUGGUGGUGGUUUUGGAGGCGCUGGCUUGCAAGGGUUUUCACAUUCUACGCACAUUUGGCAGGCUGUCAGGUCUUUAUUGGACACUUGA